UGUCCAUAACAGGAACUCACAUAUUCCUACCAAAUGUAAGGAAAUUUAUAAAUAUCCUGACUUGACCUCCUCUCUGACAGAGCUUUGCAAGUAUUCCAACUUGACCUCCUCAAUGAGAAAUUUGAGAAGUCUUAAGUCUUCAUAUCCAUAUGCUUUCACAUCAUUUGAUCAUAAUAUUACUAUUUAUCCGUCUGAGCCUGAAGAAGAUGUCUCUCUAGAUGGCACUUGUUUACUGAAUGAUUAUGUGGACUGUGUAGGGCAAGAUGAAGAAACGGAAGAAACAUUAAUGGAGAGUUUUCAUUCCAGUGUUACUAUACAUGACAAAAAAGAAAAUGGUCAUGAGGAGACUCUGGGAAACCUAUCCGUGUGGAAAUUAGAGUCUGGGUCUACUGAAGCUGUAGAUAAAGAAAAAUCAGAGUACAACUCUAUAGAAAAGCAUACUGAAUGGCAAAACAAACCUCACCUGGUACAAGCCUCUCCACUUUCUACAAGUCCUUUGGGUGAAUUCAUUAGUGACAAAAGUACUAAUUAUGCAUCUACAGAAAGCAUCCCAAAACAAUGUUCAGUUUUACAGUUAAAUAUUCAUCCACCUUAUGCAGAUUCUGAGGUAACAAAUAAAAGGAGAGAGUCAGUACUAACUGACCCUCCAGUGAUAACUGGAGAAGUAGAAGGAAGACUUGUCCAAGGCAACACUACAUUGAUACCUGAAUGUUUUGGCUCUGCAGUAAAGAAAGAGCCUAACCUUACCUGCAGUAUACAAGAAGAAUCCUUGCUGUCAUCCUUGUUGUUAGAUUGCAAAGAGCAUGGCAUGAGUAAAGCAUUGGAAAGCCUUGCUGAGGUACAGAACAUAUCUGGAGAUGUCCUUGUUGAAUCUGAUUGUCAUAAUAAUUCAGCACAGCCUUCCUUAUUAUCUACCUCUUCACUAUGCACAGAAAGGAAAGAGAAAUUCACAGAAUGUUCAAGCAUUAAGCAAAGAUUGGAGAACUGUUGCAAGAAACAGUCAAUUGAUGACAGUUUAAGGAGAGAGCCUGGAGCAAAUCAACUAUCUCUAUUAGUCAAGUCCAACUUUGAAGAAACUGAGUCAAAUUUUAAAGUGAAAGAAGAUUAUUAUGAGAAUGCAGAUAUCUCAUCGUCAGUAAAACAGAUUAGUCAGAAAGACUUGAAAUCAGAGAUGAAUAAAACCAGAAAGUUACCUUUGAAGAAUGACACCAGAGCAAGUGACAGCUCCCAGGAAGAUGCAAUAGACCAGUGGGCCAGAAGACGGAAACAGUUCAAAGAUAGUAAAAAAUGCAGUUCAACUGGAGGAAGCUCAAUAAACAGCACAAUCACUGAGGGAUCGAUAAAUUCAGAGGACGCUCGAUCAGUAGAUCUGGGGCUGUAUUCUGAAAAUGAGGACAGAGGUUUUUACACAGAAAACUUUCAUUCAGCUUCCUGGGUUUUCAGAGGAGAUGACGUCUCUCCAGAUAACAGUCCUAGAUGUCUCAGCAAAAGACCUAGACCAGUGGCAAUUCGAGAAAGAACAGUGAAGAUCGCUAAAGGAAUUGGCAAUUAUCCUUGGGGUUUUAGGAUCCAGUUCUCAAAGCCUAUCCUUGUGACUGAAGUUGACACAAAUAGUGCAGCUGAAGAAGCAGGGCUUCAAGUUGGAGAUAUUCUGAUAGCAGUCAAUGGAACUGAUGUCACCAGCAUGCCACAUUCAGAGGCUGCCAAUCUGGCAAGGAAAGGUCCUGAUAUCCUGACUAUGAUAGUGGGAUCAGACAUCAGCCGUUACCCCAACACCCCCAAACCUACCUGCCGAGGAUAUCUGCACAAACGAACACAAUCAGCAAUACUGAAGGGCUGGAGAAAGAGGUGGUUUGUGCUGAAACAUAAUGGUUACCUACACUAUUACAAACACAAGAAGGAUGAAGGGAAGUGCAGACCUUUGGAAGUAACAAAGCUGGAAGGAGCAGAAAUUGGUGUCGACACCAGUCUGGGUAAACCAUUUGUUUUUAAAUGUAUUCCUCAGGCUGGAAACAGGAUUUUCUACUUCUGUGCAACUUCCAACCAAGAAAUGAAGAGGUGGCUGGAGGCUAUGGAUAAAGCAGUGCAUCCCAUCCAUCAGAACCAUGUGUGGGUAGAUGUCACACUGCAUAACACUACACUCCCACCAUUGGCUAUCAAGAACCCUGAGUGCUUGGGGCUUCUCCACCAACUGGACAGGAGCAAAGAUGUCUGGAUUCAGCACUACUGCAUUCUGAAGGAUGGCUGUUUGUACUUUUAUGCCACUCUGCGGUCUACACCUGCCCAAGGUGGCCUUUACCUGCAGGGCUAUAUUGUGAGUGAACAGUCCCUGGGCUCCAAGAGAUCUGUAAUUGAGCUCAGACCUCCAUCUGAAGAAUUUAAAACUUUUUACUUAUGUGCAGAGAAUGUAAAUGAAAACAAAAGGUGGAUUACAGCUUUGAAAGCUUCAAUUAAUAAAUGGUUACCGCUACACCAGGCAAUCCAAGAUUUCAUGAGCAGGCCACUAGAGGAGACAAGGAUGUGAGAAGGAAGCUCAGUUUUCCCUGUUUCUGUUUUGCGUUUAGAAUUCUAUGCUAUAUCUUAUGAGUCAUCUGAAAAGGUA